AGAAAUGUUCCUCAAGAAUUUUUCGAUUGAAGAUUUUGUUUUAACAAAAUUUCCUAUUCAGGCAGUAACUAAUGUUAAGGCGAGACUUAGUUCAAAAGUAAUCGGUAUUUUACAACGAACUGGUAUUACAACACACGAAUUUCAAGAAAAAACAGGAGCCUAUCUGUGCACGGAAUCAUGGACUGUUGAAGGGAACUUGUUGAUGGUUAAAAAUGUGGAACGAUGUCUAAAGGAGAUAGUAAAAAAGGAACAUGAAAAACCCACUCAGUCUGGAAAGGAAGAAAGUCAGAAUGAAGAUAUUUCCAGGACUGUUGAAGAGGUGUCUAAAAAGUAUUCUGCAAAAUGUACUGAAUAUCAGGAAAAGGCACUAAGAGAAUUGUUUCUAGAUUUGCCUUUUCAAAAAGUGAAUUUUCGUGAUGAACGUGAGGGAAAAGUUAUAUAUGGAACAGAAAAUAAUGUUAAACCCUUCGAAAAAGCUCUUCUUGAACUCAAAAUGCAAGAAAUACCACAAGUAACUAGUAAGGAAUUCAAGCGAUUUGAGAGUGAAAAGAAAAAAGAUGGUGUUUCAGUUUCCUUUGUGAAAGAAACGAGUACCAUGGUAGUUUUUUCAAGGAUUCCUAAAAUCCUGCAAAGCUGCUUGUCGGAUUUUAAAAAAAUACAACAAAGCUCAAUAGAGAUUCCUGUUAACGAGUUCGAAGUUAUUGUCUAUUUUGAGAAAUCGUUGCAUAAAAAAUUUACUGAGGAAAAUGGAAAAGUAAUUAUUUCUGGUUCUGGAUCUCUGAUAGAGAAAUACAAAUCUGCAUUGGAUAAUGUAAGGCAGUAUACUAAAGAGUGUGUUACAAUCAGUGAUUUCGCUAAAUACAGUGCCGAAGUUUUCGUUUCAAAGUUUUCAAGUGAAAAUGAGGAUGUUUUUAUUAAAAUUGCUGGAAACACUAUAUAUAUCACAGGACCACAUGAAGAAACUGUCAAAAAUGCCAAACAUGAAGCAGACAGGCUCAGCAAACAAAAUUUAAGAAACCAAGUUGCGAAAAGGGGCAGUAGUUCAACUGAUUUCAGCAGAGGUUCAAGAGGUGAUUUGCCACAAUACUAUUCCUAUCCAAUUUCCCCUCAAAAAUCUGAUAUUGUCUUUGAGGGAAAAGGUGUAAAAGUAUAUGCCUGCAGAGCAGACAUUACUCAUAUAAAUACAGAUGUAAUUGUGAAUCCCUCAAACAACACACUUCAGUCUCACGGGGGGUUGUCUUCUUACAUCUUUAGAGAAGCUGGACAAUCAGUAAGAGGCCAAUGUUCCGAUUUUAUUAAAAUUCAGAAGGAAGGAAUAAUUCCUAUUGGAGAGGCUUUUGUCACUGGAGCAGGAAAGUUACAACGUUGUCAAAAAAUCAUUCAUGUGAAUGUACCAAAAUGGGAAUUUUAUGCUAAAUCAGAGAAUCCAUGCAAAGAUUGCAUGUCUGAUAUUAUAUUCACGGUUCAAGCAUGUUUAUCCGAGCUCGACGAUGUUAAUUCAAUUGCAAUCCCUGCAAUCAGUGCAGGCGCCCUAAGUGCAGUGCCACUUCCGAUCUGCUGUAUGGCUUAUACUAGAGCUGUGAAUACUUUCAUUGGUACUGAAUCAAAGAAAAGUAAAUUGAAGGAUAUAUACUUCGUUGAUACCGACCAAACCAAACUUCAAGGCAUUAAAAAUUCCUUUUUACGUAAACAACACUGGGUUUACCAUAAGGAAGGAAAUGAAAAUGACUUUUAUCUGGAUUCAGGAAUGGUUGUGAAAAUACUUUCUGGAGAAAUCAUUUUCUUGGAAGCUGAUGGACUGGUAAUUGAGCAAGACAGAGAUAUGAAAAGUAAACGAAAUGUUGCCUCCAGACUGAUGCAAUGCAAAUCUGAUAAAUAUGAAAAUGAAAUGAGCGAUUGGAGAGGAAGAUACUGGAAUAUCGGCAAUGUCAGGCGUACAUGUGCUCCAGAAACACUCCCAAAUAUCAAAAACAUUCUGCAUGUUUUCUCUCCAAACUGGUCAUUCGUGAAAAACAGUGAUUUAGAAAUAAAUAUUUUGGAAGAAUUGGAAGUAUGUAUCAUAAACAUAUUCAAAAUGGCCAACAAUCUGAAGCUGAAGACAUUACUAAUUCCAUUAUUUGGGGGAGGAAUCACUGACAAAAGCAAGAAGAAGAAAAUAUUUCAAUGCACAGCAAAAGCAAUAGUGAAAUGUGGAACUGAAAAUUCAAACAACAUUCAAGUAAUUUCCUUAGUUGAUAACGAUGAUGUUAUCGUUGCCCACAUGAUUGCAAAUUUUCAUGAAGUUUUAUCCCAGGAUGCAGAGCAAAGAAAUAAACUGCAGCUGAUCGAUGUCGCAAGACCAAACACGUGGUAGGAAUGAAAGAUAUCAUGUACAUAUAUGUUUAAUGUUCAUAUUAAAAUGUACAAAAUGUAACUUUGAAAUAUGAAAACCUCCAUCGAUAUAAUCUUCUUUUAAAUAUGUCAUCUUUACACAAUUUGAUUUGCAUUCAGUAUCAGUAGAGAGCAUUCAUACACGUUAGCACUA